GCGGAUGGAUCCCUGAGAAGCCUGCCUGGGGAAGGGCCCCCGUUUAUAGGGCAGCUCCUCCCCCGGUGAUUCAUUCUCUUCUCGACUCAGGUGCAAAGGAGACCAGCUGGAAAAGAGCGAGGCCUUGGGCUGAGAGCGGAGAGAUGGCCCCUUUGUAGAGCUGCGCCGAUUCCGAAGCGAAACAGCGUGUCGUGCGCCCUGCACACCCAAAACAGCAAAAUGGAGUCUUUUGCCAGCACCGCCAUCCCUGCCCGCAGGAGCCAAGCCACUCCUUGCCUGCCACGUUCCAGUCCUGCCUUGAGGAAUCGCUACCAUGUCCCUGCUGGCGGCAUUGACUUUGGACCCAGACCUCGACCUGACCAUGAUCCCAGCUAGCAGCAUGUCCUGCAGGCCGGAGCUGCUCAAGCACCGGCUGCCCCACGCCGGUCAUUGUGAGCCGCUAGCCGGGCCUGUAGACGAGGGCUUUGCCCUCAACUUGGAGCUUUCUAGGCUCACAGGCGAUGGCUUCUCAGACUGGAUGAUGGAGCGCACAGACCUGGCCACGCUCCUGAGUGUGUCAGAGGAGCCCUCACUGUUCUCACUGCCCUCCCCUCCUGCUCCAGACCUGGAGGCCAUGACCUCUCUCCUCAAGAAAGAGUGGGAGCAGACGGAGGAUUAUUUCUUGGAGGAGUCACUCUCACCAGAACAGGUAGCACCCAGCACCUCUCCCUCUGAUAGGAACUUGCACUUUCCCUUUGCUGAUGGUUUCCAACCCCAGGACCAUCCCUGCACACCUGCUCCCCUGCAGACCUUGGAUUCAAGCUGCUUGGAGUUGUUGGAUCUCUAUGGUAGGGAUGCACCAACUGAGCUUCCACUUCAGGGCAGUGAAGUCCCUGUCCUAGUCGAAGAGCCACUUGCCCCAGCGCCCAAAGGGGACCGGCGCCAGAAGAAGCGAGACCAGAACAAGACAGCAGCCCUGCGCUACCGUCAGCGCAAGCGGGCUGAACAUGAUGCGCUGGGGGAUGAGUGCCAGCUCCUUGAGGCACGCAACCGUGACCUGCGCGAAAAAGCAGAGUCUAUCGAGAGAGAAAUCCAGUAUGUGAAAGACCUGCUCAUCGAAGUCUACAAGGCACGAAGCCAGCGCCUGCGCAUCACCCCUGAGAUGCAAGGAUCGGUGCCUUAAUUCUCUCUUCCCCAAAAGACUAACAUCAAGGAGCCAGAGCGACAAUGGAUGUAGAUAAGAAGAGAGCCAGCAUGUAGGAAUAGAAUUUGGGAAACGGUUGGGUUAGUAUCUUGCAUGAUACUUUGGAGGGCAGGCCUAGUAGGUAGAGGAGUGAUUCAGAGCUGUGGGGCUGAUGGACUCUGUGUAUGUAAAAGGUAGAACGGAUCCCAUGGAAAGGCCUGAAGGAGAAGGUUGCCCUCUUUGGUGGUGGUCUCAAGAUUUCUGAUGUAGACUUUUAUCAGGGUAGGACCUCUUUCACUUCUCUAUUGCACAUCCCCUCUUUCCCACAAACAGAGAAAAACAAAGUCUCUGACAUUAGAAGUGGCUUUUUUGUAUGUAUACUUCAUAGCACUUGUUUCUUGCGCUACCUUUUCCAAUUAUGCACCAAUAAACAUUUGUUUUAAACACUU